GCAGCUCCGAUCUCUGACCCCCCAAAACCCUAGCCCGCCAUGGAAACCGCCGCCGCCUCCUCGGCCGCUCCUUCUCCUUCUCCUUCUCCUUCUCCUUCUCCUCCACCGCCCGCCGCCGAUCCACCGGCCAAAGAAGACCCCCAGCCUGCCGCGGCGGCUGCUGGCGAUGCGGCCACCUCUGAGGAGGCGGAGACGGUGGUCCUGGACGCCGGCGUCGCGGAGGCCGGGGAGGGGGAGGAGGAGGAAGGGGAGUGCGGGUUCUGCCUCUUCAUGAAGGGCGGCGGGUGCAAGGAGGAGUUCGAGGGGUGGGAGAAGUGCGUCGAGGGCGCGGAGAAGGCCGGCGACGACGUCGUCGAGCGCUGCUACGAGGCCACCGCCGCGCUCCACAGGUGCAUGGAGGCCCACGCCGAGUACUACGAGCCCAUCCUCCGCGCCGAGCGCACCAUGGCCGCCGACCUCGAGGCCGCCGCCAAGGCCUCCGACGCCGCCUCUCCCGCGCCGCCGCCGCCAACAGAGGAAGGAGCCGCCGGCGAGAAGAAGGCGGAGGUCCCGGAGAAGCAAGAUGUCACGGCCUAAUCGGUAAAAAAAAAGCUGGGAUCUUUUAGAAGAAAAUUUUGCGAGUGAUCGAUCUGAGGCGAUUCGGAUGCGAAAAUUCUUUUCUUUUUCGAGGACUAAUUAGUUAACCUAUCCAUGAGAGAGGGGGAUGCUCCAAGAAAAUGUGAUUCUUUUUGGGGUGGAAAUUAUACACGAGCUCUUGAUUUUAGCUCUGAUGAUUUAUAUGGAUAUUUCAUGCUUUAAUAAUGUGAUGUUUUGACUGGAUCAACUGACAUGGAUCAUGGCUGUUCCAUUAGAUCCUCUUAUGUAUGUUCUCCAUGACAAUGUGCUCAAGCUCCCGUGCUGAUUUGUUGCUGUAAAUUGCAAUGCAUUUUCUGUUUAUAGCAAACAAUUGGUAAGGGAUAGCAUUGUCAGUUUUGUUCCAGGAGCAAACAUCUGAUUGUUACUACUUUGCUAACUUGAUCUUUCUUAUGUCUUGUGAUUGUAAUAUUUGAUCCGCUACUACUCGAGCAAAUUACUCAUGUUAUAAUAAUCAUAUACGAAUU